AAUUGGAGAAUGUUCGAUGAAGCCAAAUUCGACGUAAGAGGAAAAUUGUAAUUGUUAAUACGUUAUUGCUGUUGCGCAUGUGAAUUCGAAAAAACAAGAAGGACAAAGAUGGCAACGAUUGUCCGCCAUUUUCUAAAGUGAGAUAGAUGUAAGCGUUUUCGCAAAUUUUGUGUAUUUUUACAUGUAUUCGGUAAAUAAUUUUGAGACUGUUCCAACAUUUUGGAAGUUUCCUAUAGUUUUAUGUGCCUUUUGUGAUACUUUAUUGUGAAAAUUUACAAGUUCCGAAUCUUAAUAUCGGUGUUCGGAUUACGUCUUCGAGUGAGACCAAAGCAAGGCCAUUGGCGAACCAAUUCGUUUUCUGUUGAACUAUGGCAAUUUGGAAUUCGAAGACGAUCGUUUCGAUCGAGAAAAUUGGCCACAAUUAAAACCAAACAUGCCAUUCGGACAAGUGCCUGUUCUUGAAAUUGAUGUUAUUUAAAGAAGUCUGAAUUAAGAAAAUGUUCGAUCCGAAUGCAAUUACAACGCAACAGUCUCAAAUUCAGUAUCAGACUCAACAACAACAAGAGAAAGAUAAAACCCAAGGACAAGAAGCUCAACAGAAGGAAACGUUUCCUUCUUUCUGCUAUGCUAACGUUAACAUGAUUCACAAGAUAGCUCCCGGAACAGGUGCCGUGGCUACGGCACAAACCCAACAUUCCACCGUUAAUAUGUCCCAGCUGACCGAUGACAAAUGUUACAUAGCACAACCGUUCUCAUAUAAUUACGCCUUAGUAAACCAGAUGUCGCUGGCGCAAAACACAAUCUCUAACAUAACAUUCAAAUGCGAAGUCUGCGGUCUCAUGUUUGCCCAUCUAAGUUUAUUAAAUCAUCAUAAGCGAGUUCAUCAGCAGGGAAGUCAACAGCAAGCCGACCAACAAACACAACAACAAAUUACCGUUCAAGUGGUCCAAGGGCAACCUCAGACACAACCAGCUCAAAUCCAAAUAGUAUCUGCCGAUCGGAUCCGAUACAGUUGCGAAGAAUGUGGCUUAACAUUUGCCACUCAGAGUGACUUAAAAUCUCAUAAGAUUCAAGUACAUCAGCCUCAACAACAGGUACAGGCCCAAGCGCAGACCCAACAGCAGCCCCAAAAUACGUUAAAAAUAAAAAAUUGCGAGUCAUGCGGUGCUCCCUUGCCUCAGGACACGAACAAGAAACGAGCAGUGAUGAAGGUCAAAUGCGAAACGUGUCUUUCUGCGGAAGCCAUUCAGCCUCAAAUUUUCGUGGUUACCACGGCACCGGAUUCGUCGACGGUCAAGUUUGAGGAGUCGACAGGAACCCAGACCACAAACAGUAUGUCCAAAGCUGAUAGAGGAACGCAAAACACAAUUCCGUUAGCUGUAAAAAAUGCCCAUCCUGUGAAAAGAAGAGGAGUCGCGUCAGUAACCAAGUGUACAAAAUGUAACGGCAGUGGCAUUAUCUUUAUAGGAGGUUCGAAGAAUCAACAAAAUAAUGUAGACAAACCUUUCCACUGCAACAUCUGCAACGGUUCGUUCAGCCGUUAUUCGUCGCUCUGGUCACACAAACGUCUUCAUACUGGAGAAAAGAAUUUUAAGUGUAACAUUUGCGGCUUGGCGUUUGCCAAAGCGGCAUAUUUGAAAAAUCACUCUCGUAUCCACACCGGGGAGAAGCCUUAUCGAUGUAAUGUUUGCGGAAUGCAAUUUUCUCAAUCCCCACAUUUAAAGAAUCACGAAAGGAUACACUCCGGCGAACGGCCGUACGUUUGUGAGGUUUGUGACAAGUCGUUUGCGCGUCAUUCGACGCUAUGGAAUCAUCGACGCAUUCAUACCGGUGAGAAACCCUAUCGUUGUGAUAUUUGCGGUUCUUGCUUUAACCAAGCGACACAUCUGAAAAACCAUGCCAAAGUACACUCGGGUGAAAAGCCGUUCAAAUGCGACAUUUGUAGCGUUGGUUUUUCCGAUCGGUUCGCUUUGAAACGACAUCGCGCCAUCCACGAAAAAUACGGACGUACUAAACCCAUCAUUUCGACCAUCCAGCAACAAGAUCAACAACAAACGGAUAAUACUAAUGCCGAUGGCAUGAAUGCCGAGAAUAGCGUCGAUAGCAGCGCGAAUCCUGAAAAUACUGGCAACGGUGAUGAAACUGGUCAAGACUUGGAAGACUUGCACGAAACGAAAUUUGAACAAAAAUAUGAAGAGACUGAAAAUACCGUUGAUCUUCCGGACGAAAUGACGACGGAGAUAUCAGAGUUGCAAGUGCAACUUUCUUAAUUAAUUUAAAAAAAUGAAGAAAGAAAUAAAAAGGGCGCGGCGUUUUCUUCUAUUUAGUUAACAUUUAGUAACAAGAUUUACAUCUGACAGCAAAAGUUAAGUGACAAUAUUGCUUUAAUUACUAUUUACCGAUAAAACUCCAUCAUUGUCAGAAAAAAAAUAGUUGGAGCUGUUUCUUCUUCCAAGUAUUAUAAUUUUUUAUGUAGUAUUGAUCGACUUAUUUAUUACUUGCGUGUUUGUAAGAAAUUUCUGUUUCGAUACAACUCCCACAUAGAGAAAUAAAUAUUUACAUUUAACUGAA